AUGGUGGUGAAACAUACCGUCCAUCAGAUAGGAACAACGCACCAGCGCGAUCGAACUAUCGUGGCGCUCGCAGCCCAUCUCGGAGAGCCCGCACGCCUUCAUCUUACAGCGGACGAUACGUACCAGAGACUGACAGAAGAAGAUCCCGAAGCCCUGCCUACACAGGGAGAGAUGAGGCUAGCAACAGGCGCCAGAGAUCUCCUAUACGAAGGGGCUUUUCACCCCGAAGAGAAGGGCGUGAUGAACGUAUCAGGUCGCCACCCCCACGGAGUCGAAGAUACUCGAGAUCUCCAGUUCGUGCCAGGUCUCCCCCACCUUUCAGACGAGAUUCGCCGCCCCGUGAGCGAAGACCACGGUCUCCACCUCCAAGACGGAGAGCGCUUUCUCCGCGAGGCAGGUUUGAAAGAAAGCCGUAUUCACCGCCGAGGGACGCUCGAUCGAAGCCAAUUCAAGAGUCCGCUCCCCCCUCCGCGAGAGAAUCGAUAUACGGCUCGUCCUCAAGGAGCCGCUCUCCGACCAAGAUCUCCCCUACCUUCGAAAACUUUUUCUCCAGCACCAAGGUCGCCCCCUCGAGACAUCGCAUCGCACCGCUCGCCUAUUCGAAAAGAUGCAAAGGAGCUUCCUGCCUCCAAUCACACAAAAUAUCCAGAGGCUUCGCGGCCUAUGCAAUCUCCCGCUAUGUCCCGUGCGAGCGAGCCACGUCCAGCCUCGUCGAGGCAAUCAGAAACUCCUAGCUCUUCGGUACGAGAUCCUCCCACCGGGCCUGCAUCCGCAAAGCCCAUCUCUAUAUCUGCACACAACCGCCCAGGCAGUGCUUCUAUCCUGUCAGCGCCAACUCGGCCUCGGGGAGGGCCUUCCGCUCUAAGGACUGAAUCUCGAGAGUAUACAUAUGGCCUUCCUUCCCAUCGAGGUGGCCGUCCGCCCCCUACAGCGCCAUAUCAUAACUCUCACUAUCCAUAUGAAUCUCGCGGAUCGCCGUCCGAUAGAGUGCCCAACGGACCUCGGUCGUCUCAUGGUGGAGCACCGCCACAUGUACCUCCUUUCCGCUCCAACAACUCUUCUUCAACAACUUAUCCACGCACUCAACGUUUCUCCACUACCAACCAUCUCGCUUCAAUUCCUCCUAUAAUCCCCGGGGGCUCAUUACUGCCAAGUGCAGAUCCUGCCGCCGCCAGAAAGAUCAGCCAAUUAGAGGAUGACGCAGAGAGGCUGCGAAAGCAAAUCGACGACAAGCAGAAGGAAAAGAGGGCAGGCCUCAGAGACUGGGACGUAAGAGAACGAGAGUCUCGGAGGGAAGGGUUGAGGAGCGAACUCGCCGAGGCGCAGCUUGAAAGCUUUAGUGGCGAGAUCAUUGGAGGACAAGCAUUUUAA